AUGCCGGGAGGAAAUUCGGGUGGUGAAGGUUUGUCAGGCACUGGGUCGGCAUCGGGCUUUUUGAAAUCGAGCUCUUCAUCUUCUACGCCCGCUCCCGAUAGGCAUGGAAUGUUCAGUAUGGAAUCACCUCCCUCGGGUGGCCCGUCAGGAUCUGGCUCGUCAUCUGGAAAUCAUACCUCUUAUGCUAAUAUAGCGGCAAUGGCUAUCAAAUCGGGUCCAUUGGCAAGAAUCGGCAAGGCCUUGUAUAGUGGAGUGUCUGGGGCUUCAUCAUCAGUACCGAACUCAAUUCCUGGUUCAAUUCCUGCAUCUCCUUCAUUCUAUUCAGGGUACUCAGAUGGUGGUAAACGAGCUGAUACUACAGGUGGAUCACCUGCUUCUUCUACGUCAACGAAUAUUGGACAUUAUACCGACAUGACUGACGACGAUGAAGAUGAAACUUCGCUCAAAUAUACAGCUCGUGGUGGUAUAUUCGCCAUGGCUAAUUCACCAUCAAAAGAGCAUGUUGCCAUUGUUGGUAAGGAUUUCUUCCAGGUGCUAAAUGUAUCGAAUACCAAUGUGUCCUUGUCUCAUAAUGUUAGAGGUGGAAGUUCAGCUACAUCCGGAAACCGUGAUUUUGAUAAGACUUUCAGUGCCACUGCUUUGAAAUGGGGGUAUCAAUCAUUUGAUAGGUAUAUUGCGUUGUCAAAUGCCGGAGGUAGGAUUUUUGUAUAUGAUGCAGAGAAGGGCUCCAUAGGAUCUGGCAUCCGUAGACCAGUGUCUCAGCUACUAGACUCGACAAGAAACAUUCACUCUUUGGCAUUUAAUCCUAAUCAGGGCUAUAAUUUGCUAUCUGCUAGUUCAGAUGGUACUGUCAAGCUGUGGGAUCUUAGAGAAAAUCCAAAACAUCCUGCAUUAGUUUUUGUCAAGAAAGGAGGAGACCCAUGUCGAGAAGUCCAAUGGAGUCCGUUUGAACCUCGGCGUUUUGCUGCGAUAUAUGAUUCCGGUGUAAUUCAAAGGUGGGACUUGCGACAGCCACAAACUUAUGAUCGUAGAAUAAAUGCACAUUCGGGUGCUGGACAAAGUCUUGACUGGCAUCCUGAAAAGGACUACAUUGUGUCCGGUGGCCGUGACCAACAGCUCCAAGUAUGGAAUAUGAGUAAUGACAGUUCUCGUAGUCCUGAUUAUGUGAUUCAUACUCCCAGUUCAGUUGCAAAAGUUCGCUGGCUGGCAAAUAACAACGGACGCAAUAACAGUAUUAUUAAUAGCGGCCUAAUAUCCUGUGGACGAAGUAAAGGCGACAACCUGUUGUGUGUUUGGGAUAUAAAACGACCAUACAUCCCUAUAAACGCUAUUGAACGCCAUACAGAUAGUAUCACUGAUAUUUGUUAUCGAAACGAGCGAUAUAUUUGGAGUUGUUCCAAAGACAAGACUUUUCGACAGCACAGCUUACUAUUUGAGCCUCUACUAAUCUCCAACCUUUCCUCGAGUGCCUUUACCUGGUCAUCGACAAAUGAUUUACUAUUUGUAUCGCAAGACAAAGAUAGGCCGAGUGUCAUUGGUAUACCCAUAUCAGACGACACGCUAGGCAGUGAACAAUCCCAUCAGCAUCUAAGCAAUAGACGACCCAGCAUGAAUGUAGACAUGAGUGGCAGUCCAGGAUCUGUCACUGGAGUUAGCAAUACCAAUAAUAGUAAUAGUAGACGAUCUGCUAGUAGCCAACGUCCCAGGAGCCAACUUGACCCAGUAUCUUUGUCGUUUUCGCCCAUUGUAUGUAGUGCAAAUUUUCCUGGCAAUGAUCCAAAUAUUUUUAAAUACUGUGCUCAACACUAUCAACUGGUACCAAGGCCACAGGAAACCAUUGCUGACGUAUGUCUUCAUAACAGUAAAGUGGCCAGUGCUGUCAAUAAACUAAGAACAGGACAAGUCUGGCUCAUGCUAGCAGAAGCUGUGGAGGAUGAGCUUAAUAGAUAUUAUAGCUUCCUUAUGGCACCCCAACAAAAUCAGGAAAGACAGGAACAUGAAGAAGAAAAGAAGAUAGACAAUGCAGAACAAAAAUCACAUUCUACCAAAGUACAGAUAUUAUUGCCUCCACCUAAUUUGCCUCCACCCAAUCAGGACAACAGUUUGUCGCCAGUAUUUCCUGAAACUGCUGCAGGCAUUGGUAGGUUUGAAAAGGCUUCUUCAAGCUAUAAUAAUAGUGUAACGAACCACCAGGCGGUCGCGAGAGGAGACCCGUCCAGUUCAAAUACUCAGCCCAUGACAAUUGGAGGCCGAUCCAAAGGUAAUACCUCUAAUGAUGUCACUGUUGCCCCGAACAUGAGUUUCUCGCUGACUGGUAGCCAUCGUUACUCGUUUGAUACUACUGGUAGCUCGCCAGAUGACUCGUAUGGGGGUAUUAAGGACUCUACAGGUGCAAGUUAUACACAUAUAUCCAUGUUGAGUUCAUCAGUGCGGCGAGCAAGAAACUAUUCUACCUCGACACAUAUUAGUAGUGGCACUGAGGGCGGCAGUAGUAGUGCUAGUUUGGGCCCUGUUCAAGAGUUUCCAGCAACUGAAUCAGUGGGCACUUCUAACCAAACAGGUGAACUAGAUCUCGUAGGCAAAAGUAUCGCCGAGUGGAAGUCUCGCACUUUGGACGAUAUAAAGGAAGACGUUUCUGACAGUAGCUAUGUGGCGUCGAAUAAUGGAGGAGUUGGGACCCCUGUUAAUAGCACUAUUGGUAACAGCAGUAUCCUCAUACCAGGAGUCAGGUCAGUUGUCAAUACAGAAAGACUGCAGAAUUCUGUUUCUUCUUCUAAACUGUCAGCUGCUUUGUUGGGCAAAAGCAGCUCUCCUGGAGAGCCCAGUAGCCCUGUCAAUCUGUCAAAUCAGAGCCAUGCUCAUACUCAUGGCCACAGUUUAAGCUCUGCAACUACAAGCCAAGGGGCAAGUAACUCAGCCACUGGAUCUAAAAUGGGAUAUAUGUCGAAUGCCAGUUCUCGUAACGCGCAGCAAACAUUUAAACAAUUUGUUUCCACGCAGACAUGCCCUUGGCGAACAGAGGUAUUAGUCGCCAAAGCUGCCGAGUUUGCAAUGGACCAAGGAGAUGUUCAGUUGUGUGCUGUAUUAGCAGCUGUUUUUCUUCAGAACUACCCUCGUAUUUGUGCGUCACAUCGCACUGCCGAAGAGUGGAUUGUGUCAUAUGUUGGCCUACUUAAACGUCAAGGACUUUUUGUUGCUGCUGCCAGUUUAACAAAAAUCUGUAAGUUCAAGUCUGUCCGCAAAAUUGCCAAAAAUGAUACCACACUUGAUACUUUAUGCCACAGUUGUCAUGCACCUUUGAGCGAGAACGCAGCUAUUGUCAAAGAAAAAGUCGCCAAACUGGCCCAACAAGCUGCUGGAACUGACUAUGACGAAGAUGAGGAUCCGUCAGCCAUUCCUGUUGCAAGCAGUAUUGAAGAAAUCGGUUAUUAUUACUGUCAAACCUGCAAAAGACUGCUAGAUGGGUGUACUCUUUGCCGUGCUCCGGUCCGUGGUUUGGCUCUUGUGCUGCUUGAGUGUGGUCACAAAGCUCACCCGCUAUGUCUCAAAGAAUGGGUUUUCCAGGAAGGUAUGGUUGAAUGCCCUUCAGGAUGUGGCACCUCGCUUGUCAGAUAA